AUGUCGUCAAAUCAAUUCACCGUGGCGUCGCCGCCUACGGACGCUAUCUCCGCUUUAAAGUUCUCGCCAGACCCCAACUCGACGCGGAUGGUUGUUUCGUCAUGGGACAAGAAUGUUUAUCUGUACGACCUCCGAGACGAGAACGGUGCAGUAGGUGAAGGGAAGCUCCUGCAGAAGUUUGAGCACCGCGCUCCGGUACUGGAUGUCUGCUUCGGCGAGAACGAGAAUGAGAUCUAUACCGCGGGUUUGGACUGGGAUGUGCGGAAGAUUGACCUAAACACAUCGGAACAAACUGUCAUGAGCAGCCACGAAGCCGGCGUGCGAAACGUUGUCUACAGUCGCGAACACAACCUCAUCAUCUCCGGUUCCUGGGACUCAACCCUCCAUGUGCACCGCCCCGACGCCGGCACAAACACCCAAUCCAUUCCAUCCACUAUUCCUCUCCCCUCGAAGCCCUUCUCUCUAUCUCUCACACCCACCAAGUUGGUGGUGGCUAUGGCCUCGCGCGCCCUGCACAUCUACGACCUGAAGGCAUUGGCCCUCCUAACCGCACAGGCGGACAGCGAUACCGCUGAUGGAAACAAAGUGGAGAUUGAGCCAUGGCAACGGCGGGAAAGCAGCUUGAAGUUUAUGACACGGUGUGUUGCGUGCAUGCCCGACGACGCUGGGUAUGCUUCAUCCAGUAUCGAGGGCCGUGUGGCAGUCGAAUGGUUCGACCCCUCUCCCGAAUCUCAGGCCCGCAAGUACGCAUUCAAGUGUCACCGCCAGACCGCCGAGGAUGGCGUCGAUGUCGUCUACCCGGUCAAUGCGCUCGCUUUCCACCCUAUCCACGGCACGUUCGCAUCCGGUGGAGGUGACGGCGUCGUUGCGCUGUGGGAUGGUAUCUCCAAGCGCCGUAUUCGCCAGUACCAGAAGUAUCCUUCCAGCGUGGCUGCUCUCGGGUUCAGCGGUAAUGGAAAGUACUUGGCCAUUGCGAUUAGCCCUGGGUUUGAGGAUGGAAAGGAUGAUGUUCCUGAGGGAGUUGUGAAGAUUAUUGUCAAGGAGCUGGGUGAGACAGAAGCCAAGGGCAAAGGAGCGAAAUAG